CGGGGACCGCGCUGGUAUCUUUCAAGGCCCAAAUCACCGCCCCGGAAAAGAAGUUUGAGGAAGCAAAUCACUUUGUCUAAGCCGUCCCCGCCUUUCGCACAGCCUGCGCCACAACUUGCGGAGUCGUUUCUCCCUUGUUUUGGGGGUCCUGGGAGGUUUGCUGAGGUCUCCCCGUUGUCAUCGUCCCUUUCCAACCCUCGGCUGAUAGAAAGCUCCCUGUAAAGCAGCAAUAAGGAUGGACCAGUUGAAAGAUGAUCCCAUUGCUGGAACCGGUGAUGAAAAGCCAAAGAUCAAAGAAGAAGUUGACAAUGAAUAUGAUUUUCCUGAAGAAAAUCCAACAAGUUGCAAGGAUGCAAGCGAAGAAAAACGAACAUUCCUGGUGACAUUAAAUAGUAAAGAUGGGAGGAAGCAUGAAGUGAGAGGCAGACUUACUGACAGUCUCCUUAGUGCCCUCAAGUCUAAUACAUCUAUUUGUGACUGGAUGGAGAGAAAGGAGGGGGAAGAGUUCCACUUAAUAGAGAAGGAAGAGAAGUCGAAUAUCUUUGUCAAUAUGGGAAUGCCUUUAAAGUAUGUACCUAAUGGCUCACAAUUUGAAUUGAAGUUCCACCCAGCAACUAAUGAAAUAUGGUAUCGCCAAUAUGAUGAUGUAAAAGAAGAAUGUAUAGUGUUCUGUGUCCAUAAAAAAGUUUCUAUAAUGAAAACCCGUAGAGCACAGCAACGUAGGUUAGUCAAAAGCCUCCAGCUACAUAAAGAACAUUGCGUAUUUCGUAUCUGUGCCCCUAAAGGAGAAUCCAUAAAAGAUGCCGUGUGCAAAGAUGGCCGCUUUAUGCAAUUCCUGAAAGAAGAGAAUUGGACUCUGGAUGAUGGUUCAAUAAGCAAAAAUAUUGAUUUUCCAGUUGAAAGCUUAUCAGACCAGGUUAUUUAUGAGAUUGGGGUGGAGUCUAAGAAAAAGACUGCCAGACAUAGUGAUGAUCUAAACAAGAAACAGAAUGAUUCAGAUUUGGGGGAGAGACAGCUUAGUAAUCUUGCAAAGCCAAAGCCACGGCCGGACUUAGAGGAGGGACAGCCCAGUACUUCUAAAAGACAACAGAGAGAGCUGGAUUGUGAGCAGGGACAGCCCAGUACUUCUAAAAGACAAAAGCCAGAGUCGGAUUGUGAGCAAGGACAGCUCAGUACUUCUAAAAGACAACAGCAGGAGGACUCUGAAUUGCGGGUCCUACACUUGUAUCCUAAGCUGAAGGAAGAAAAAGAAAACAUUGCCAAAUUUUUGAGAGGUAAAAAUAAUCUUGAAGUUUAUAAAAGAAACUUUGGCAAGGAGAUGAAUGACUCUCUUUCAUGCAAGUUGGUUAGGAUUCUUGCUAAAAAUAUGGAUUCAGUUGGAUAUAUAGGGAGACAAACCCCAAAAGGUUUUGAAGGGGUUGGAACUUGCUUCGUUCUCCGUGGUAGAUGUAUAUUAACGUGUCACCAUGUAAUAAGGGACAUAGUUGGAGAAGGAAUUGAACCAAAGGACUGGGGAAAUAGAAUUAAGCAGUUAGCCCGUGUAACUUUCUGUUACGAAACUUUCUCUUAUGAAGAACCUCAUCGUAUGGAACCAUGGUUCUCAUUGGAGAACUGGUUUGAAGUAACAGAUGUGGAUCUUGAUUUUGCUGUGCUGAAAUUGGAAGAAAAUGGAAGUAAUAGUCAUCCUCCACCAGGACUGUUGCAUUUACUUUCCCCACCACAACUAAAUGGUCCCAUUUUUAUCAUAGGUCACCCCAAAGGAGAAGUCAAGUCUAUGGAUGUUUGUCUUGUUGUCAGUAUACCUGAACGUGACAAGGCAAUUGGGGAUCAUUUGCAGAAACAUAAAGAUAUCUGUGUGUGUAGUUACAGGCCAGAGAAAUGCAUCCAUAGGUAUAAUCCAGAAAAUUUUAAGAGAUAUAGAAAUGAUCGUAACAUUGUCACUUAUGAUACCUGUUUUUUCGGGGGGUCAUCGGGUUCACCGGUGUUUAAUCAAAAUGGGGAGCUUGUUGCUUUGCACGCUGCUGGAUUUCUUUAUGAAAAGAAUCACAAAGAAUGCAGCAUAAUUGAAUUGGGCUAUUUAAUUGACUCAAUUAUUUUAAAAAUUAAAUCCACAUUUAAACCUUGGUAUGAUGCUAUAAUUGCUCCUGAUGAGGAUGCAUUUGUGAGUGAAGCAGGGGAGGAAAUGGAUUGCAAUUAAUAUUAUAUUGCUAAAGUUCAGGCGACUUCUCCAAAAAAUGAAAUUGCUUGAGCGAAAGUUAUCUGCAAAGGUUCUGCUUUCUUUGCUUUUCUUUGGAUUUAUAACAGUUUCUGACAUUUAUUUUCAAAUAUACAGACUGAACAUUGCUGCCACUCUACGUUAAAUCUUUCAAACAAUGCCUCAAAGUUUAGUGUCCAUUGCAUUUUUAGAACUCACGGUAGCAUACAUUAUUUUGUAGUUGUCUAUUUGUACUUCUGUUAUGCAAACACUGUCUUAUAUUAUUUGGGAGAGAAGAAGAGUGGAACUAAAAUGAGAUCACAGUUAGUGGCUUACAACAUUUUCUAGUAUCAUCCAGUCAUUAAUGUGGUGAUGCAAAGGUGGUCCUUUUCACUGUUGUUUAGGCAGAACAAUGGUUUGGUGAUUAUAAAAGAUACUAGAAAGGUAUGUUCCUCACUGCUGAGUCAGGGCAUUAUCCACCCAUCCUUGAAUUGGGAGAAAAUUGAAUUGCCAUCUUAUUUUAUUUCCUGCCUUUGCUUUCAGUCACAGUCAGUUGCUUGCCUUCUCUUCAAGGUAACAGUCUUAGAUUUUACAGUGUUGAAGCUGCAGUUUGAUGGUGUUUGAAUAAGGGAAGAAAUGCAGCUAAGGAUGACUUCAACCUUACCCUACUUGUGAGUAAAGGACAGAGACUGAGAAAAAGGCUAUUUCAAGAAAAAAGAAGAAGAUGAUGCCAGGACAUGGUGCCAUAAUUAGAUGCAAUUAGGAAAAAACCCAAAGUUACCAGUAAGGCUGCCUAAGACCUUCAGGAAAAAAAAACAGAAAUAAGCUGUGCCAGUUUGGAAUCUGGAAAGUGGGCAGUGUGAAUAAUCUAUAUAAUAGUAAUAUGUCCUUAUGGUAUCUCCUAUCACAUUCUAUUAUUACAAUUCAAGAUUAUGAUAAUUGUAUCCAUUGAUAGGACACGUCCCAGAUCUUAUAAAAUUGUUCAUCAUCUUGUUCUCUAAUUUCAAAUGUCAAUUUCCUCAUUUCAGAACAUUCCAUUGUUUUUCAAAUAACUUCCUCCUGCGUUGGUAUUUUCUCAUUUUUCCAUUUUUUUGCAAAUACAAUUCUAGCUGCUGUUAAGAUAUUUACGAUAAAAUAUUUCAAGUCUUUAUUGUAUGUAUCUGGUAUGAUACCCAAUAAAAAAGUCUGGUUUAAA